AUAUUAUUCAGCAAGGUUUUAAAGUUAAAGUCUAGCCUUCUAGCACGUGCUGUCAGAAUACAUUGAGUAAACACUUAGACAUCUUUGAGACUCCGAAAUACACAAUGACAGAUACAAAGAAAACCUUCACUGAUGUCAUCAAUGUGAGAAAACAUGAGAUGAUAAAUGGAUGUUUUUUCUCAGCAUUUUAUGAUUGGCCAACUCUCAAAAAAUUGAAUAAACUGCCUAUACGAGAGGAUGACAUACUGAUAGCAUCAUAUACAAGAUCAGCAUGGAGAGGGGAGACUAAUAUACUCGAAGAUGAGGCAGAUGGUAGCUGUUAUGAUGAAGUAGAGAAGAUGGAGUCUCCAAGACUACUGGUAACUCACCAACAAACCUCAUUCAUGCCUGAUGGGGUUCUCCAGGGUAAAUGCAAGACAGUUCUUGUGUUACGAAACCCGAAGUCUAUAAUAGUCAGCAACGCUUUCAUGUUCAAUGCUUUUGGAACGUCCUUUACUGAGCCAAUUACAGUUGAUAUGAUGAUGAACUCGCAGAUGAGAGACGAUGGAGAAAAAAUGCAAUGUGGUACAUGGUUUCAGCAGGUUGAAUCUUGGUUGAAGGUUAAAGAUCAGCUGAAAGACAAACUUUUAAUAAUUUUCUAUGAAAACAUGAUCAAGGACUUAAUUAGUGUUGUAAAAUCAGUUGCAAAGUUUCUGGGAAAAGAGUUUACAGACGAUGAGCUUGCUAAAAUAGUUCACCACCUCCAGUUUAAAGAGAUGAAAGAAAAUCCGGCCACUGGAGAUGUUUUUAAAACUGCAGUAAAGACUUGUGAUAUAAAGGAUUCAUCAAAUUCCCCACAUAUGAGGAAAGGUACCAUAGAUGACUGGAAGAACCAUAUGACUGUAGCUCAAAGUGAGGCUGUUGAUGCUUAUUUCAAAGACAAACUAGAAUCACUAGGACUAAAGUUUCAGUAUGAAUAA